GGGCGCACAUGGCACCGCGCCGGUCGCCGCCGUGGGGCCGCCUUAUAGCGCCGCGCAGCCCGCCCACGCGGGGCGGCUCGCCACGGGCGGCAGCGUGCGGAGGGGCCGGCGGGGCCGGCGGCUGGAGCCGCUCCCGGGCGCCGCGGCGCGUCCCGGGCCCGCAGCCCGCGGGAAGGGGUUACCCCUCCCGUGGGGCCGGGCCCCGUUGCUGUGGCAGCCGGUGGGGUGAUGGGCCGGGGCCGGUAACGAGCCGGCCCCAACGCGCCCGCCCCGUGACGCACCGGCCCCCGCACGGCCCCCGGCCCCUGCACGGCCCCCGACAGAAGAAGGAUGCUCCCUGCAGCGCCCCGCAUCCCAUCCCAUGGAUGCUCCCCGCGGCCCCCCCACCUCCCCUUCCACAGAUGCUCCCUGCAGCCCACCAUGUCCUGUCCCAUGGAUGUUCCCUGCAGCCCCGUGUCCUAUCCCACAGGUGCUCCCUGUGGCCCCACGGCUCAUCCCGUGGAUGCCCCCUGUGACCCAUCCCACAGAUGCUCCCCACAGCCCCCCACCUCCCGUUCCACAGAUGCUCCUUGCAGCCGCCUGUGUCCUGUCCCACAGAUGCUCCCCACAGCCCCGUGUCUCAUCCCACAGCUACUCCCCACAAUGCCACAUCCUAUCCCACAGAUGCUCCCCAUGUCCCCACGCCCCAUCCCAUGGUUGUUCCACGGUGCCUUUCGCAGGGGCAGCCCUGGUGCCCCGUGCCCAGCCAGGGUUGGCAGCCCACAGCUGGCAGCAAACCCAACGGCUGGCUCCCCUGCCACGGCGCCCAUUGACAGUCCAGGCACGGACCUGGUGUGCUGGGCAGCCAAGGGAACCAGCGCUCGCCAGGGCAGGAUGGCGUCCGGACACCCCAACGGAGACAAGCACAGCCUCAGACCCCGCAGGCUGCGGGGCUGCACCCUGAGCAUCACCCCAGCGUGCUGACCCUCGCACCCACCGGGUGCCGCAGGCACUGCAGCACCCACACCGUGCCCUGGCACCGCUGGCGCUGACAGCUGGGUGCUGAGGACACCUGCACGGGGUGCGAACGCCCCAGCCCUGGUGCUCCCCACCACGCAACUGCCUGGCUGGGGCAGCAGAGCCCAGUGGGGGCACGUCACCGGCCCACAGGCAGGGCGCCCGCCUGGCACAGGCCCACGGCCCCGCUGGCCGAGGGUGCUGGCGGGGGCCCAGGGCCGCGGGAACUGACCCUCUCAGCUGUCGCUGUCUGUGACGCUCCCCGUGACAGUCCCGCUCGGCUCAGCCUCGCCACCAGCACCCAGGUACGGAGCAGACCCCGGCGUGCCAGGACCUCAGUGUGCCAACAUGUGGGUGUGGAUGGGGAGGAUGGGGGGGUGCCGAGCCACGGGGAGCCCUGCGGGGUCUGUGGGAGGAGGGUCUCAACCCCAUUGCAUGCUCAGUGCUCGCAGUGCCUGCUGUCCCCGCGCAUGGACCUGUGCCACGUCCCUGCCACCCGGGAGAAGGGCUGGUACCUGGCACUGAUGGCCCCCAAUGUCAAGGGUCCCAACUACGCCUGGCUGGACCCCUCCCGGCUCUACUGCCACCCGCAAGGCUUGCAGGACUGUGUGGCCGACCUGCUGCAGCCCUUCCAGGAGGACCCCAUCGACAUGGUGGCUGGUAUCGAUGCCAUGGGCUUCAUCUUGGGUGCUGCCAUUGCUGCCGUGCUGCAGAAAGGCUUCCUGGCCAUCCGCAAAGCCGGGCACCUCUGCGUGGAGACACUGGCGCAGCCCUACACCGACUACUCGGGCCGAAAGAAGGUGAUGGAGGUCCGCACCGACGCCAUCUCACCAGGUCUGCGCAUCCUCCUCGUGGACCAGUGGGUUGAAACUGGGGGCACCAUGCGAGCGGCCAUCCAGCUGGUGGAGCGGCUGGGGGGGGUUGUGGCAGGCGUCGCCGCUGUCUGCAUCGAGGACAGCGAGGGCGGGCGGUGGAUCCGGGAGCGCUACAAGUGUGCCCACUGCGUCCCUCCCAGCCAGCAGCCCCGCUUUGACCACCACCGGUUCGGCUGGGACUGAUGGGGCGCUGGCACCCCACGUAUGCCCCCUCAUUCCCCCGUGGGGGUGUGGGCUGGCAGCUCUUCGGGGCAGGGAUGCCUGGGGCAUCUACCACCCAGUUGGGCUGUCACCGUACCCGAGAUGCUCACCCCUCCGCGGCGAUAGACAUCCUCCCCUAGCUCCAUCCUCCCUCCUGCCUGCGAGCCUCGGGGGCUGCGCCCAGGGGCAGGGGGAGCCACAGCCAGCCCCUGCCCCCAGCUGCACCCCUUUCUUAAAAAGCAUAA